AUGAAUAUAAAUUCACCAUUUAUAUGUUGCGGAGUUUGUUAUAAAGACUAUUUGGAUUUGAAGCAAACUAAAGAACUGUUGUGCUUGACUUCAUGUGCUCAUAUAACUUGUCUGUCACAUCUUAGUUCAUAUUCAAAUGGUCCAGAAGUUUGCCCGAUUUGUCAAUCAGAGAAUAUUACUACAAUUGUUAUUAAUCAAUCUAUUCCAUCAGAUUUAAAAUUAUUUUUUACUCCUGUUACUCAACAAUUAAAUAGUUUAUCAAAUUCUUGUCAACAUCAAUUUAAUACAUUAAUCAAUAAAAUUGAACAUUUAACUCAAUUAAACAAUAGAUUGAAUGAUAAAAUUAGGAAACAAAAAGAAUUUUUGUAUGCAGCAAAGGAAGAAAUCACUCAUUUAAGUAAAUAUAAAUCUCAAGUUGAAGAUUUGAAACAAGAAAUUGAUGAAUUAAAUCAUAAAUUGGAAGAUUUGAAAAGACCUGAAACUUUUGAUUUAACUAAUUUGGAUGAGAUUGAAUAUGGUAGAAAUAACAAUAAUAUCAAUGAUAACAUUAAUGAUAAUAGCUUUUUACAAUCUCCUAUUAAGGAACCAAUAAAAUCCAAACCUUUUGAUUUUGCACUGAAUACAUUCAUAAAUAAAAUCAACCAACAAUCCAUUAAUCAAAAUUUAAACAAAAGUAAUUUUCAUCAACAACAACAACAGAAACCAAUAAGCAAAACAUUAGGCAAUACAAACUCCACAAAAAAUCAAUCAAUUAAUAACCCACUCACCAACAUAAAUAGUAAUCAUCGUAGUACUAACCAAAACGAAAUUCAUAAAAGAUCAUUUUUUGCUGAAUCAACCAAAAUCGGAGAAUUUAAUAAUAAUAAUAAUAAUAAUAAUAAUCAUCCACUUGUUUUUUCAUCUGGUACAACAUCAAUAACAAGUUCAAGAUCAGGUUUUCAAAAAUUUAAUAAUAAAUAUGGUAAAUCAAAUAGAAGAUCAGCAACUAGUCAAUUAGCUUCAAGAUUAACAGCAAAUAUGAGAAUUGGAACUUUAAAUGAUGAUAAAGGCACAAAUAAAAUAAGAAAUAAUAUUGGUAUUGGAUUUCAAAUGGCUAAUACAGGUUCAAAUAUGAUUGGUAAAGGUCCAGUAUUAAAUAAAAUUUUAAAAAGAGCAUCUAGCGGAGCAUCUCAUCAUUUUCAACAUUAA